AUGGCGAUGAUGAAAAUCAAAAGCUAUACUUUGAUUCUCUUCUCAUUAAUCUCUAUAUUUCUUCUAUCUGCAACUCUUUCUUUGUGUCAUCAUGAUCAUAAUUUAAGGCAAUGUAGAGAGCGUUGUGAACAAAAACAAAAAUACCAACAACAGCGUUGCCUUAGAGAUUGUCAAGAAAAGUAUGGAGGAACAGGAUGGGAAUCAACAGAAGAAGAAACAGAAAGAAGUCAUGAACAUAACAAACGUUGGGAAGAAGAGCAACAACAACAGAAUAAUCCUUAUUUCUUCGAAGAAGAAAGUUUUAAGGAAUGGUUUAGAACACAAGAUGGGUAUUUCAGUGUUUCACAAAAGUUUUCUGAAAAAUCAAAGCUACUUCGAGCGUUUGAUAAUUAUCGUUUAUCAUUCUUUGAAGCUAAUCCUCAUACUUUCUUAGUCCCUAGCCACAUUGAUGCUGAAUAUAUCUUUUAUGUUGUGAAAGGGAAAGGAACAAUAAGUUUGGUGAAUCAAGAAAGUAGAGAGACAUACAAUCUCGAACGUGGAGACGUAUUGAGGGUUCCAGCAGGGACCAUACUCAACGUAAUAAAUAGGGACAAUGAACAGAAGCUUCAGUUUGCUGAAUUUGCUCAAUCCAUCUCCAUUCCAAGCAAACCCAGGGAUUACAUUGGAAUGGGAGGGCAGAAUCCAGAAUCAUUUUUCAAUAGCUUUAGUGGUGAAGUACUUGAAGCUGCUUUCAAUACACCAAGGGAUCAAUUAAAGAGGUUGUUUGGACAACAAAAGAAAGGAAUGAUGUUCCAAGCAUCAGAAGAACAAAUUAAGGCAAUCAGUAAACACGCAUCAGAGAGUCACCAGAAGAGGAAAGGAAAAUCAUCAAGAGGACCCUUUAACCUAUUGCAGAAGUCUCCUUUACAUUCUAACGAACAUGGAAAGCUAUUUCAAAUAGAUGGAAAUGACUACAAUCAACUUCAAGAUCUCGAUAUGUCCGUUACCUUCAAAAACAUCACCAAGGGUGGAAUGAUGGCACCAUUUUACAAUUCAAAAUCAAGUAGAUUUGUGAUGAUAGUCAAGGGUCAUGGUUACUUUGAAAUGGCUUGUCCACAUCUCUCUGAAACCCAACAAAGAGGACAGAGGACGCAAGCACAGGAAGAAACAGAGCAAGAAGACGUACAUUACCAAAGGAUCAGUGCACAACUUCGCCCAAAAACAGCAUUUAUAAUCCCGGCAGGUCAUCCUACCACCAUUGUUGCAUCCAAAAACGAAAACCUACAGAUGGUUGUAUUUGGAGUCAAUGUCCGUGACAAUCAGAAAAACUUCCUUGCAGGGAGGGAGAACGUUAUGAACCAGAUGAGUAGAGAGGCUAAGGAAUUAGGGUUCAACAUGCAAGCAAAAGAGGUGGAAGAAAUCUUUAACAACCAGAAAGAAUCUUUCUUUCUACCAGGGCCUCAGCAACAGCAACAAAAACAUGAUGUUCCUUUGAACUCCAUCUAUGAUUUUCCUGCCUUCUAAUUAGCACUACUAGUGUAUGCAUGUGUGUGAAAGAGAGAGAGAGAAUGUAACUAUAUGUAUCCAUGUAUGUGAACUAAAUCUGAGAAGCCGUGUAUGUAAGAUAAUGAACAAGAGGCUGUUCGUCAUCUAAAUAAAUAAGUCUGGAGUAUCUUUUAGG